UAGGUAAAAAUAAAAUCAGACCCUAUAAAAAAGAGCUCCCCCCCUCCUUUCCCUCACCGCAUACAUCCUCACAGAUCUCUCUCUCCCUUUCUUUCUGUCGGAAAAAUGGCUUCCUAUGUGUGGACUCUGAUACUGGGUUUCCUAUUCAUCAUCGUCCCCGGCACCAUGGGAGCUGCUCCGAGGAAGCCUGUAGAUGUGCCAUUUGGUAGAAAUUAUAUGCCCACUUGGGCUUUUGAUCACAUUAAGUACUUCAAUGGAGGCUCCGACAUUCAGCUCCACCUCGACAAAUACACAGGUACUGGUUUCCAGUCCAAGGGUUCUUACUUGUUCGGUCACUUCAGUAUGCAAAUAAAGAUGGUUCCUGGGGAUUCUGCUGGAACCGUCACUGCCUUCUAUCUAUCAUCUCAAAACUCGGAGCAUGAUGAAAUAGACUUUGAGUUCUUGGGGAACAGAACUGGGCAGCCUUACAUUUUACAGACAAAUGUCUUCACAGGAGGGAAAGGGGACAGAGAACAGAGGAUUUAUCUUUGGUUCGACCCAACCCAAGCCUACCACUCCUACUCUGUUCUCUGGAAUCUGUAUCAGAUAGUAUUCUUUGUGGACGACGUACCGAUAAGGGUGUUCAAGAACUGCAAAGAUUUGGGGGUGAGAUUCCCAUUUAACCAACCCAUGAAGAUCUACUCUAGCCUAUGGAACGCGGAUGACUGGGCCACUAGGGGUGGGCUUGAGAAGACCGACUGGUCCAAGGCCCCCUUUAUUGCUACCUACAGGGGCUUCCACACCGACGGUUGUGAGGCCUCAGUCGAGGCCAAGUUCUGUGCAACCCAAGGGAAGAGAUGGUGGGAUCAGAAGGAGUUCCAAGAUCUUGACUCGUAUCAGUACAGACGCCUCCAGUGGGUCCGCACCAAAUACACCAUCUACAACUACUGCACUGAUAGAGUCAGAUAUCCUACUCUGUCGCCCGAGUGCAAGCGAGACAGAGACAUAUGAAGAAGAAGAUGACGACGACGAUGAUGAUGAUGAUGAUGAAUCUUUACUAUUAUUUAUUUAUUUGAGAAGAGAUUCUAUAUAUGUUUAGAGGCCUUUGAGCGUGAAUUAUGGGGAUUUCUGUCGUUCAUUUUUUUCCAUCAUGUUCCACUGGCUUUCUAAUUUUUAAGUUGUCGUAAAAUCCAUGGUGUGGAAGUGGAUGCAAUAUUAUCCAGUUGCAUGUGGACUCAUUCCUUCGGAGUUGGGAGUCCUAUUUAGUUAUUUGUACUUGUGAACCUAUUAUAAUAUAUAUAGUUGUAUCAUGGCUAUAUUAUUAUAUAUAAUGUCUGUCUUUGGUAAAGAUUUGCACUU